AUUAGAAUUAAAGUAACUUAAAUUUUUGAAAAGUACAUUAUUUUCUACUUUAUAGAUGAUGUAAUAAUAAUUAUUUAUUUAUGUACUACAAUAAUUCAGUCAAAAUGGAUAAAUAAUUCGUCGGAUAUAAAUGGAAAUAAAUUAAUAUUAAUGGAAGUGCUAGGAAAGAAUUAUUAGCGCAGAGCACCUUCCACUCUCCUGCUUAGAACGUAAGCUCUGUAACCCUCAAAUGAUAGAUAUGUCAGUUGCUUAAUUAUCAGUGUCAUUUAAAGAAAACCUUUAGGAACAUUUUUGGGCCACUAAACUAAAUUUUCAGGAAGUACAGGCUAAAAAAUAGAAAAAAAUAUGAAUUUUUUCGGCCUUACAAGUAAAGGUUUCGACAAACCAAUUUCAGACUAUGUAAGACCGGAUUAUGAAGAACCUACAAAAGAACCAAGAAACAUCUUUGAAUCUGGAAACAAAAAUUUAACGUUACUAGAAAAAAUGAGGGUUCUCGAUCCAUAUAUCGGAAACGCUGAUGGAUUCGCUUACAAUUCUAUAAAUAUGAUGGAAGUACUGAAGAGGAAGAAGAUGUUAAAGCCGGUGGGACCGAUGGAUAUUUACGUUCGUCCGGCAAUUUCUUCUCAGGUAUGUGGAUGGUGGAUGAUUGAUCCUUUAUUAAAAGACCUAAAUAAUGUGAAGUGGAUUAGACCUAGAAAGAAAUAUCCUUAUCCUAGUUCUGAAAUGAGUAAAUACUUAGAAACAAUGCAGAAAAAUAGAAGUAUAUGGGUUAUAUAGUUCUGUUCUUUAUUUUAUUCAUAUUAUGAUUGUGUAUUAUCAAAUAAUAGCCUUUGAAAUUCGACAUUUUUUUUUAAUCUGAUGUUCGUAAUAUUAUGAAUAUCAUCCAUUUUGAAAAUAGCUCUCAGAAGGUCUAAAUCAUCUCUAAACCAUUAAAACCAUAUCGUCGGGUUACUGC